AUGCCUGAGAUCACCGCCCUCCUGUUUGACUGCGACAACACCCUCGUCCUGUCCGAGGAACUUGCCUUCGAGGCCUGCGCCGAGCUCAUCAACAAGAUCUGUGCUGAGCGCGACCUCACCAUCACCUUUACUGGCGAGACCCUCAUCCAGGAAUUCGUCGGCCAGAACUUCCGCGGCAUGCUCAACUCUCUCCAAGAGCGCUACAACAUCAAGAUUUCCCCUGAGGACCUCGAGACCUACGUGACCGCCGAGGAGGAUGCUGUCAUUGCCAAGCUCAAGGCUGCCCUCCGUCCCUGCCCUGGUGUGGACGACGAGCUUGAGAAGCUUGCCGCCUCCAACAAGUACCUCCUCUCCGUUGUCUCAUCAUCUGCCCUCCGCCGUGUUCGUGCUUCCAUUGAGAAGGUUGGCCAGGACAAGUACUUCAAGGGUGAUGUCGUCUUCUCCGCUGCCACCAGUCUCCCCGUUCCUACCAGCAAGCCCGACCCAGCUGUCUACAACUUUGCCAUGGAGAAGCUCGGGAAGACGCCCCAGGAGUGUGUUGCAAUUGAGGACAGCAAGAGUGGCACUCUGAGCGGCACCCGUGCCGGUAUGAAGGUGGUGGGAUACGUCGGCCCCUACCCUGACGACAAGAAGGUCGAGAUGGAGAAGGUCCUUCGGGAUGCCGGUGCCGUCAUCAUCAUGCAAGACUGGGCCGAGUUCCCGGAUUGCCUCGCCAAGAUCGAGGCCGGCAGCGUCUAG